AAAAAAGAAGCAUAAUGUAUAGGAAUGAGUGUAUGUAGGAGUAAUAAUAUUUUAAAAGGAAAGGAAAUUACAAGGAGUAAAGUAUGGGGAAAAAAGGGAAGGAUUAGGUUCUGUAAUAAUUUAAGCAACCAUUUCUGUAAGGGCAGUUGGCAGUAGUUAGUAGUAUGUCUUUUAAAAUCAUACAUGUCACCAUUUUGCUUGGGCUGCAAUCAAACUCUUGGCUUGGUUAAAAACAUUACAUUGGUGUUGCCUUUUUGAACUGAGUUCCCAAUAAAAUUUGUGGAUCCUUUAAUUCUUGAAAAUGGGCAGUAAGGAUAAUGGUGAUAUGAGGCUACAACAGAGAAAUGGUGGUGAUACUUCCUUUAAUUGUCCUUCUUCAAUGCCAAAUGUUGACCCUUUUAGUGGUUCUGGUUGGGAUCCACUUCUGUCAUUGAAUCAAAAGGAGAGUUUUAAAGGAUCUUCAGUUGUUGGUCACAAUGAGUUUGCAAAUUUGCCCUACCAAUCAUCUCAUUUUGGUCACUAUCCAUCUGAUCCAAAUCUUGUUGAAAUGGUCCCCAAGAUUCCUGCUUUUGGAAAUGAAAGUUUCUCAGAAUUAGUCAAUAUUUUUCCAUUACAAGAACAGCUUAGAGGGGGAAGUUGUUAUCCUAACUAUGUCAAGAACAGAGGAAUUCCUACUGAAGGAACUUUCUCAAAAGGUCCACUUUCCCAAGAAGAGUGCCAAAUUUCAGGUGAAGGUGCUGUGGAGGCUUCACCUAAUGGGAAGAGGAAAAUAUCAGGAAAUCACUCUCUAUCCACUAUCAGCAAGGUAUACUGCCAUCUUUUUUAAGUCUUCCCAAUUAUCAGUAUAUAUGCUAGCAGAUGUAUUCCUGAGCCGAGGGUCUAUUGGAAACAACCUAUCUACCCCAUAAGGUAGGGUAAGGUCUGCUUACACACUACCCUCUCCACACUAACCUCUCCAGACCGCACUAUAUGGGA